GGAACUGAGCACAUAUAAAAGCCGCAGUAGUUUCUCUCCAUAUAUAAGUGCGGCAGUUUGUAGUACUCUCGAGUACUCGCUUAAUGGUUUUGCUCUGCUAGAUCUGACUACUCUCCCUUCACUCUCUCCGUUUUCUCGAUCCUCUCGAGGGAAAAGGUUGCAUUGAUUCCACCAUUCUCGUGCGCUAGAAAUUCUCCGCACCCCUCUCUUCUCCCGGUAGUACACAGCGCAUCAAAUCCCUCUCUUUCCAGAUCUUGAACGACAUAUGAUUGCCCAAAGUUUGAUCUUGUCCUGGAUGACUUACCUUUCCUGGCUGGCUCUCACUCCACCAAGUCACUAGAUGAUCACCAUCAUUGAUCCUGGCUCCUUGCAAACCGCGAAGAACACACUUUAGUGGAAAGAAAGAGAAAGAAUCUAUGUACGAUCGGCCCAUGGAUCCGCUCCAGCUGCUGCCACUUCUCCUCGUCGUCAUCGCUGCGGCUGCGGCCGCCUUGUCCUGGGGAGCAAAAAAAGCGGCGGAGUUUUUGUGGCGGCCAGUCCAUCUGAGACGGCUGCUGCGGAUGCAGGGGCUGGAGGGUCCUCGUCCCAAAUUCCUUGUAGGAAACAUGGACGAGAUCACGAGGAUGAAGGAGACAGCCUUCCACCAGCCCAUGGAAAUUGGGGACCAUAAUCUCCUCCAGAGAAUCUGCCCAUACUACUUGGAGUGGUCCAAGCUCUACGGACGAACAUUUGUGUUUUGGUGGGGGACGGAGCCCAGAAUCACGGUGACAAGGCCCGACAUGAUCAAGGAGAUACUGUACUCAAAAGCAGCACACUUUGGAAAAUCAGCGCUGCAGCGAAAAGGUGGAGCCGUGCUGCUGGGCAAUGGCCUGAUCAUGGCGAACGGCAGCGACUGGGCUCAUCGCCGCGCCAUCGUCUGCCGCGCUUUCAAGAUGGACAAGAUCAAGGAAAUGGUACCCUCUAUGCUGGAGAGCACCAAGAAUCUCAUCCGGAGAUGGGAUGCUCACUUGGAGCUCAACGGGGGAGCUCCCUGCGAGGUGGAUGCUUAUCGCGACCUGGCUGUUGUCACAGCCGAUAUCAUCGCUACCACGGCGUUUGGGAGCAGCUAUUCGGAUGGGAUCAAGCUCUUCCACACAUUGACAUCCAUCCAGAAGCUGUUUGUUCAAUCCAAUAAGUAUCUGUGGCUCCCAGGAAGCAGGCUUCUCCCGACGAGAACGAACAGAAAGAUCCGCAAGCUCCAGAGGGAGAUGCAAGCUUUGCUCCAGGAUCUCAUCAAGGCUCGCCUCUCGAGCCCGUCACUGGGCACCGAUCUACUGGCUUUGAUGCUCUCUGCAGUCGAGGAGGAUCCCGGCAAUAAGGUGCAAUCAUCCAAGUUCAAGUUCACAAUCCAGCAGCUGAUCGAGGAGUGCCAGACUUUUUUCUUCGUCGGGCACGAGACGACGCUGAUGCUUGUGACUUGGGCAAUGAUGCUGCUGUGCUUGCACCCGGAGUGGCAAGACCUCGCCCGCAAGGAGGCGAGACAAGUUCUCCAAGAGUCAAAUAGAGUAGUGAACGCGGAUACGCUCGCAAAACUGAAAACGGUGGGGAUGAUCAUCAAUGAAACGCUGCGACUGUAUCCUCCAGCCCCGAAUCUAGUCCGAGCAGCACUCCAAGACACUUGCGUGGGCGAUCUCUACGUCCCCAAAGGCACCACCUUUUGGAUCCCCAUUCUGGCCCUUCACCAGGACAAGCACCUCUGGGGCGAAGAUGCUCACGAGUUCCGGCCACAGCGGUUCAGCCAGGGCGUAUCCAGGGCUUGCAAAACAUACGAUUUCCUCCCCUUCUCUUCAGGACCCAGGAUAUGUGUGGGCCAGUCCUUCGCAAUUAUGGAGGCCAAGCUUAUUUUAGCCAUGAUUCUCCAGCAUUAUCACUUGGGUCUCUCGCCCCGCUACAAACACUCGCCGGUUUCUUCCGUCACCCUCAAGCCAGGGUUGGGAAUGCAGCUCAUGAUCAAGCGCUGUGACUAACUUGUUUAGAUUUUUCUUUCUGCUUUGAAAAUCUGUAGACUAUGAUGAA